AUGAACAGACGCUCGACAUACUCAUGCUCAUGCUCCCCACCUUCUUCGCACAAGCAUCAUGCCUCAACACAUCCUACCAGCAGUGCGUUUAGUGCCAGUGCGAAUCCAGACGAGGAUUGGACCAAGAUCACGGAUCUUGCUGAGCGAAGGAGGAUUCAGAACCGUAUUGCUCAGAGGAACUACAGGAAGAAGCUGAAGAAGCGCCUCGAAGAUCUGGAACGCCGUGCGGCAUCUAGCUCAGCUUCUCCGUCACCUGAAGUCAAAUACGUCGAUCUAGAUCUCACCAACUUGUCUGGUUACAAGAACACAUCGCACAUGUCUCAAGCACAAGAGAGCAACAAUAUCGACAGUCGUGGAUACACAUCCAAUGGAUACGACUACCCUUACUCACAAGCGCCCGAUGAUAAGAGAAUGUUCUCGUAUCAGCAUACUCGUCAGCUAUCCACAUCUCCACCACCUUUGUUCAGCUAUCAAGCCUACCCUUCCACCGAGCAUGGCCAAUAUGCUCCUUCGGUUUCCAAUUACCUGGCAUACCCUAUCCCCGUAUCUUCUUCAUGCAUGAUGCCUCCAUCUACCAUGACCUACCAAACAAGUAUGCCGUCUGUCGUCAAGCCAGAGGUAUACGAAGAGGACGAUAUGAACCCUUUCAGCCUGAGUUAUGCUUCCAUGGCUGGUGUGGAUGUGACCAGUCAAUUCAGCUAUCAGACGCCUGCCGUUCACGUAACUUUGUCAGAUAGCUUUGAACCUUCGACAACAAGCUCACCCCCUUACGAUUACAUGGCUUUUCCACGCACACCCCUCUCACUGCCCUUGACGCCACCCGUUCGGGUUCGUGAGGGUCCGAAAUAG